AUGGCGAAGAAGAGCAAAGACGUCACUUCAGCACCAAUUUCGGUGAAUCUGAAAAAAAGAAAACCUCAAGAGGAAGAAGAUGAUCUACAAGUCAGUGGAAUGUUGACCAUCGAUGGCGAUGAUUCUAGUGAAGAAGAGGAUGAUGAGGAGAAAGAGCAAGAUGAGGAGGAAAAAGAGGAUGAUGAGGCGGAAGAACAUGGAGACGACGAAAGUACGGGCAGUGAAGAAGAUGAAGAGGAAGCUGAACUUAAUCGUAUUUUGCGUGAGGAAGAAGGUGAUGUUGAAGGAGAGUCAGAAAACGACUCAGAAGAGGAGAGCUCAGAAGACUCAGAAGGACACUCCGAGCCCGAAUCUCUUAAUGACAGACUUAGCGGAAUCAAACUUAAGACCAUAGCCAGUGAAGACAACGAAGAAGUACACACAAAGUAUUCUGAUGGCAGACCCAGAAUUCUUAAGAAAGAAAUCGAACCAGUAUAUGACUCGGAUGAUUCUGAUGCUGAGAACUUCAAUACCAUCGGUAACAUUCCAAUUUCUGCUUAUGAAGAGAUGCCUCAUAUCGGGUAUGAUAUCAAUGGAAAGCGUAUUAUGCGUCCUGCCAAGGGCAGUGCUUUGGAUCAACUCUUAGAACAAAUUGAAUUGCCCGAAGGAUGGACCGGUCUUUUGGAUCAGAACACUGGUGAAUCGUUGAAGCUUUCCACUGAAGAGUUGGAAUUGAUCCGCAAAAUCCAGAACAAUGAGAAUACAGAUGAGUCCAUCAAUCCAUACGAGCCAACCAUCGAAUGGUUUACUUCUAAGACUGAGGUGAUGCCAUUGACAGCUGUACCUGAGCCUAAGCGUCGUUUUAUGCCCUCUAAGCAUGAAGCACAGAGAGUCAUGAAGAUUGUUCGUGCUAUCCGUGAGGGUAAAAUCAUUCCUCCAAAUAAGGCUAAGGAGCAAGUGGAAGAAGAGCUCCAUAACUUCGAUUUAUGGACUAAUGAGGAUAAUACAGAAGCCCACAUUAUGAACCUUCGUGCCCCUAAGUUGGCACCUCCAAGUAACGAAGAGUCGUAUAACCCUCCUGAAGAAUAUUUGUUAACUGAAGAAGAGAAACAGCAGUGGUUGGAGACUGCGCCUGCCGACAGAGAAACGUCUUUCCUUCCACAGAAGUAUCUGGCAUUACGUAAAGUUCCCGGCUAUGGUGAAUCGGUUAGAGAAAGAUUUGAACGGUGCUUGGACUUGUACUUGGCACCUCGUGUUCGUCACAACAAAUUGAACAUUGACCCCGAGUCUUUGAUUCCACAACUUCCUUCGCCCAAGGACUUGCGUCCUUUCCCCAUCAAGUGCUCUACUGUGUAUCAGGGUCACAAUGGGCGUAUCAGAACUUUGUCCAUUGACCCACAAGGUUUGUGGUUGGCCACUGGUGGUGACGAUGGCACUGUGAGAGUGUGGGAAGUGUUAACUGGAAGACAAGUGUUCAAGCUUGAUGUAAUUGAUAUUGAAGAAAACCCAGAGGACCGCAUCGAUGCUUUAGAGUGGCACCCAGACCCAUCGCUGCCUAUAUUAGCUGUGGCAGCAGCUGAACGUGUGAUGCUUGUCGUACCAUCGAUCUUUGGGUUCGAGAUUGAAAAUAAUGCUCGGGUCAAGACUGAGGCUGGUUGGGGUUAUGGAACUUUCGGUAACAAACGCAAGGACACUGAUAUCAACGUCAAUGACGAUGACGAUGAAAGCGUCGAAACCAAGGCACCAGAACAGCCCAAGGCGGAAGUGGCUAAGUGGUAUGCUCCUUCAGCUGAGCAAACCCUGUACGGUGUUGCGGCCAUUGUUGAGUGCAAGAAGCCAGUCAAGAAGCUUUCAUGGCACAGAAAGGGUGAUUACUUUGUCACAGUAGCACCCGAAAGCAAAAACACUGCUGUGCUUAUCCACCAGCUCUCCAAGCAUUUGUCUCAGUCGCCUUUCCGCAAGGCCAAGGGAACGAUCAUGGAUGCAAAGUUCCAUCCAUUCAAGCCACAGCUUUUCGUGAGCUCUCAGCGCGCCAUUCGUAUUUAUGACUUGGCACAACAGACGUUGGUCAAGAAGUUGAUGCCUGGCGCAAGAAUGCUUUCAGGUAUUGACAUACACCCACGGGGCGACCAUCUUUUGGCCUCUUCUUACGAUAAGCGUGUGUUGUGGCACGACUUGGAUUUAAGUGCUACGCCGUACAAGACCUUGCGUUAUCACGAGAAGGCGGUGCGCUCUAUCAAGUUCCACAAAGGAAAGCUUCCGCUUUUCGCUUCUGCAUCUGACGACGGCACGAUCCACGUAUUCCACGGCACGGUCUACGAUGAUUUCAUGACCAAUCCAUUAUUGGUGCCAUUGAAGAAAUUGACUGGACACAAGGUGGUAUCGAGCAUCGGUGUGUUGGACUUGGCCUGGCACCCGAAGGAAGCGUGGUUAUUCAGUGCUGGUGCCGAUGGUACGGCCCGUCUCUGGACCACGUAA